AUGGAUCGUACUACAGGAAGUACUGGCGCAAAUCUUGAUGUUCUCUUUGCUAAAUAUGCUCACGGUGAUAAGGAAUCCUUUGAUGGGUUUGGUGGAGUCGUGGCACAUUCAGGAUAUCCUGUGGAGGGUAUCAUCCAUUUCGACGGUUCUGAAUAUUGGUCGAUCGACGGACAUAACGGGCUUGAUCUUCGAUACGUUGCCCUUCAUGAAAUUGGACACGCUCUUGGACUUCGACAUUCCAACGACCCAAAAGCUAUCAUGCAUCCAUAUUACAGUGACCAACUGAAAAAAGGUUUUGAGCUUGGCGAAGACGAUAUUUUGGGUAUCAGGAAGCUUUAUGGAACUUCUUAA